UAACUCCCAUGCGUUGUGAUUAUUUAUGGAAAAACAGUUAUUGUUAGUAAACUGUGUCAGUGAUCAAAGGUUUUAAUCGAUCUGUUUAAGAUGUGAAGAAACAAAACAGUUAACAGAAUGGAUAAAGAGUAUUCUGUACACUUUUUCUCUUGUCUGGUAGAAGCAAUGCAAAAAUGUUGCCAAGAUUGUUUACAAUUUGAACAGGCAGUGGAGCUGAGUGGCUACCUUUCUCUAGAGAUAGACAAUUACAAGAAGGAGAGAUAUGUUCUCAGUGAGAUGGUUCACAGUACUGGUGAUGUGAUCAGUGAGAGCUACUGUGUGAAAGCCUUCAAGACUAUGAAACAUAAAACAUUGUAUACAAAAGCACCACGAAUGUGUGAAGCUCCAAGAAACAUCCCAAUCAAAGCUGCUGACGUUCAGCCUGAACGAAUGGACAGUGUUGUGUAUCCUGAUGAAAUAGUUACUCACUAUGAAGAUAAUCUAGUACAGGCUUUACAACACCAUGGGACACUGACAUCCUUGAAGCAUCAAACAAUAUUAUCAUCAAGUUCAGGACAUUCCAGGGGUACAAGUCCUUCAGAAGCAUCUGUGAAAUUGUGUUUGAAAAAUUCAUCACCUACCUUGCACCCUUCAUCAGCUGAAUUGUCUUCAGAUAGGAUUUAUUCAGGUAUACAAGCAGAGCCUGGUGACUCUGGAGAUACACAGUCAACUUUCCACAACUCACAUCAAAGUCACAUUCAGCCAAGGACGUGUAUUCAGUUAUCAGGAACAGAGUGUGGCAGUCCUCCAGUCAAUGUAAAUGCAUCUUGCAGUGUGUUGAGUAAUUCUAGUUGUAACCAGAGGAAGGAAGAAGUAUCCAUGUCUGAGAGUCAUAAAGCUGUUCAGAAAAAGACUGGCCAGAGUUUAGAGCUCAGAGCGGUCAAACGAAGUGCCCCAGUUAUAGACAUUUCUGUUAGGUGUAAAAAAGAAAGGAGGGGUUGUGAUAAUUCCAUACUGCUCAGCACUGCUGAAGAAUCAAAUGAUCUUUUGUCUUAUACUUCAUCACAAGUCCAUACCGUUGAGCUAGAAAACAUACAACUGAAGGUGGAAGAUGAAAUUGUAUGUCUUGAUGAUGAAGACAAACAUUCCAAUGUAGAACAAGAAGGUUUUCAAAUGGAUGCUGGUGUUUAUUUAAACCAUUCAACAGUAUCAGAAACUUCAACUACAGCAACCGAAAGCAGGCUUGAUCAUAGCUUUUCUAGCUCUGAAAAAUAUCUUUCACAGAAUACUACAUUACAUUGCUACUUGAGCAAGUUGUCAGGAAGCCACAGGAACAAGAUUUCUUCCUCCAGCUUGAAUCACGGAACAUUCCACAAGUGUGACGAGUGCAACUACAAGACCCUAUACACAACUCAUCUGAGAAACCACCAAAAGAUACACACCAGAGAAUUCUUCCCUUGUCAUUUGUGUCCUCGCAAGUUUGCCGACAAAAGCCAGCUUGUGUAUCACCUCAAGAUCCAUGCUGGCCGACUGACUUGCACAGUGUGUCAAAAACGGUUUCCAUCACUUAAGGUGAUGAAACAACACCAGCAGCUGCACAGAGAUGGGAAGGCUUGAAUCAGCUGCCGCAUAAUAUGUUGACCUUUUGUUUGUUUCUUUUAUGUUGUUAUUAUUGGGUAUUUUCUCCAACAUGCCACACUGAUUAAAUUUGUUAAAAGUCUUGAAUUCAUUAUGAAUGGGAAUACCACAACUCAGUAAAUUGUAUUUGAAGAUUUCUUGAGCAUUUUUGGCCAAAGAAUGUGCUAGAUUGUAGUUUUUCGCUUAUUAAAAACUAAUGCUAGAAUAUAGCAUUGCGUAAUCAGU